AUGGAGGUGCCCGGGGCUGCCCCUCAGCCGUACUUGGGGCUGGUCCUGGGAGAGCUGUGCAGGACUGUGGCAGCAUGGCCUGAAGACCUGAGACCGGGCCCUGGUUUUCCAUGGGAACUGGUGACAUGUGUGGCUCUUACUGCAUUUUUGAUUCUCUUGUUUUUGUGGAGAAGUGUUCGAUCGGUGAGAAGCCGGCUGUAUGUAGGAAGAGAGAAAAGACUUGCUGAAAAGCUUUCUGGACUAAUUGAAGAAAAAUGUAAACUACUUGACAAACUCAGCGUUGUUCAAGAGGAGUAUGAAGGCUUAGAGUCAGCUGUGAAGGGUGCCAGCUUUGAGAAGGAGUCAACAGAAGCACAAAGCUUGGAGGCAACCUAUGGAAAGCUGAGCAGGUCCAAAUCUAAACUUGAGGAUGAAAUAGUCUCUCUAGCAAUAGAAUUAAAAGAACAGAAAUCUAAACAUUGUGAGCAAGACGAAUUGGUGGCAGAUAUUUCAAAAAGGAUACAGUCCCUAGAAGAUGAAUCGAAAUCCAUCCAGUCACAAGUAGCUGAAGCCAAACUAAUCUGCAAAAUAUUUCAAAUGAAUGAAGAACGUCUGAAGGUGGCAAUAAAAGAUGCCUUGAAUGAAAAUUCCCAACUUCGGGAAAGCCAGAAACAGCUUUUACAAGAAGCGGAAGUAUUGAAAGAACAAGUGAGUGAACUUCAUAAACAGAAAAUAACAUUUGAAGACUCCAGAGUCCACGCAGAACAAGUUCUGAGUGAGAAAGAAAAUCACAUCAAGUCUCUGACUGAACGCUUGCUCAAGAUGACAGACUGGGCUGCUGUGCUUGGAGAAGACAUGAUGGCUGAUGACUUGGAAUUGGAGAUGAAGAGUGAAUCACAAAAU